AUGCGCUUGCAGCUAGUUAUCUUCUUUGCCAUCGUGGCCUUCGCUUCGACUGCCUGGGCAGCCGAUGAUCCUGCCACUGAUCCGGCCACUGAUCCUGCCACACCCACGACACCCACUGAUCCUGCCACACCCACGACACCCACCUCCCCCACCACUCCCACUUCGCCCUCGGCAUCUGAAAGCAGCACCACCGCUCCCACGACUGCCACCACCGUGGCUCCCACAACUGUGGCUCCCACCACCAAGGCACCAAGCAAGAAGACGGCUACCAUUGUCCACUACAAGAGGAAAACCAAAAAGCCAAAGAAGCGCCACACGAUCCGCAAGUCACGCGGAGCCAAGGGCAGCAGCCGCAAGAAGGGAUCCCGACGAAACUAA